AUGGCCAUUGCGAACAAUCGCAACUCCCGUCACUGUUCCAUCACUGUACCCAUCACUGACUUUGCUGCUCCUGGGAUGCUCUUGUCCAACCCCAGCGCACACGACCGGCGGCGCAGCAAAGAGCCGCAGCGCAUCCGCACCGGGGCGCGCAUGCUGGUGGCGUGCAUCUACUGCAAGGAGCACAAGCUGCGGUGCGACAACGGCGUGCCGGCGUGUGCCAGCUGCGUGCGGUUCAGCCAGACCUGUCUGGUCGAGGAUCCCAUCACGAAGCGCCACCAGCCGCGCAACUACCUGGAGAUCCUGGAGACGCGGGUUGCGUAUCUCGAGGGGUUGUUGAGAGACGGGCAGACGCAGAGCCAGUGCCAGCCGCAAGCACCAACACCAUGCACGACGGGCUCGCCGACGUGGCGUUUGCCGCGCACAAAUGUCACAGCCACGGACAACAACGACAACAACGACAACAACGACAACAACGACAGCGACGUCGACAGCCUGGCCGCGACCGUUGGCAUGCUUGGCCUGUGCGCCACGGGCAUGGAGCCCCGCAACAACAACAACAACAACAACAACAACAACAACAACAACAACAACAACAACAACGGCAGUCCAGAUACGGCGGCAUGGCUGGAGAGUGUGGAGGCGUCGACGCUGGCGGCCGAGAGCAGCGGCUUGGACGACCCGUGGGAGGUGAUGCAGUGGAUCAACGAGGACGCAUUGACAGAGGCGCCAGGGGCGUUUGCGUUUACAUAG